AUGCAGGCAGUGCCCGGGACACAGGCGGCCAGGCCGUUCAAGUUAAGGAAGAGUUUCGCCACUCGGCUGGAAGAAGUAGCAGGAAUUCGGGCGAAGUUUCCAACAAAAAUCCCGGUAAUUGUUGAGAGAUACCAUAGGGAGAAAUACCUUCCCCUCCUGGACAAAACCAAAUUCCUUGUUCCUGAGGAGCUGACCAUGACACAGUUCAUAACCAUCAUCAGAAGCAGGAUGGCUCUAACUGCUACCCAAGCUUUCUACCUGCUGGUGAACAACAAAAGCCUGGCCAGUAUGUCCUUGACAAUGGCAGAAGUGUACAGGGACUACAAAGAUGAAGAUGGCUUUGUGUAUAUGACAUACGCUUCCCAGGAGAUGUUUGGAUGCUUUUUACCUGCUGCUAAAGGGAAAAUGACAGAAUGCCUUCCAAAAACCUAA